AUGGAGAAACUCGAUCAGGAUUCGGGCUCUAAUCAAAACCUUCUGCCGCGUCAAUUGGAUUUCUCUCCUCCGGCGGCUGCUGUGGAGGAGACGAAGAAGAUGGAUUCAUUUCAUGAAACUGAGAAGAAGCAGUCGCAUUCCGUUCUCGAUUCACAGUCGUCUCGGGAAGAUCAGAAAUCAGAACAACCUCUUCCUCAGCCUCAGCCUCUACCUUCAGUUCCCGAUACCGAGGCGGAGCAACUCCGAUUAGGUGUAAAGUCUCUGAAACCGCCGCCGUCUUCUCCGGUUAAAUCUCCCCAGCAAUCAGCGACGGAAGUCACGCCACCACAGAAACCUCCGCUUCAUCGGUUUAGUCACCAGGUGCAGAAGAAUCCGUUGGUGAAAUGUCGAGUGAGCAAGCAAGAUCCUUUGACACAACUUGAGUCCUCCAAAGAUGAUACUCCAAACAAACAGAAACAUUGCAACUGUAAAGCUUCAAAAUGCUUGAAGCUGUAUUGUGAAUGCUUUGCGUCUGGAUCGUACUGCAACGGUUGCAAUUGUUUAAACUGUCACAACAAUUUGGAGCAUGAGUCCUCAAGGCAAGAAGCUAUCACAACGCUCUUAGAGCGUAAUCCGGAUGCGUUCAAGCCAAAAAUUGCUGGUAGUCCUCAUGGAAUGAAUGAUCUGCAGGAGGAUGUGCGUCAAAGCCUGAUUCUGGGGAAGCACAGCAAAGGAUGCCACUGCAAGAAAUCAGGAUGCCUGAAGAAGUACUGCGAGUGUUACCAGGCGGAUAUCUUGUGUUCAGAGAAUUGUAAGUGUCAGGAUUGCAAGAACUUUGAAGGAAGCAAAGAGAGGAAUCCGCAUCUUCUUCAUGGACCUCAGGUCUCAGAAACCUAUGUGCAACAGUCGUCGGCUCAUGCAGCUGUUAACCGCGCCAUCGAUGGUUAUCUGGAACCUUCUGAUUCAAGAAAGAGAAAGAUCAAAGAUGCUUCACAUUCUGUGCCAGCUAGAGUUCCACACAUUGUCCAAAACCAGACGGUGAAUCACGUUAUAAGGAAUGGUGAUACUUCUCUGUUUUUAAUCCCUAAGGACCUUAACAACAAGGCUGUCUCUGGAUCUACCACAUUUACUUACAGGUCUUCUCUGUCAAAUACUAUCCAGCCGCGCCAUGUGAACGAGCUAUGUUUGCUUCUGGUCUCAAAGUCGGUGGACGUGGCAAAGAAAUUGUCAGGCGGUAAAUGUGAAACAGAGAAAAGGAACGACAGAGACUCUUCUGUUGAUACAGCUCAGAGAGAUGCUAAUGAGAUGAAUGACUCUCCAGAUUGUGUUCUUGAUGCAAAUAGAAUGGACGAGAAGCCAUUGUCUCCAGCGACACGUGCAUUGAUGUGUGAUGAGGAACAAAUGAUCAUAUCAGAGAAAGAGACAUCAGCCCAAGGGAAAGAAGACGCAGACACAAGCUCGGAGGUUUACUUAGAGCAAGAAAGACAGAUCUUGUCAAGCUUCAGGGACUAUCUCAUUCAGCUCUCAAACCGUGUGAGCAUAAACGGAGCAAAUAUCAAGACCAAGACAAAUCCGAGUAAAAGGGAACUAGAAGAUGAAGAGCAAAGCCAUCGAGACUCAAGUUUGGGGUAA